CAGGUGUCCAUCUGUAGAAAUGGAAAAAUGGGUGUACAAUGUGGAAAGCUAAAGGUCUCUGAAAAACAGAUUAGUUCUGAAAAUACAUCACCCUGAAGCAAUGUCCAAGGCAUCACUGAUUUCUUCCCCCUCCAAGGCCUGAAACUGGGCAGGCUGAACAUGGUGGACAUCAUGCACAUGGCUUUGGUGUUGGGAUCCAGGCUCGCUGCUAAGUUGCAUCCUGCUCAGCCUGAUAGGACCAUUGAUUUCCAAGAUUGGGUUAUUUCUGAUCAGCCCCCUGGAAGCCCCAGGGCUGCUGCUGGUUGGGUGUGACACCGCAGGUACCACCAGGGCAACCGGGUUCAUUGUGAGCUCGGCGGCUUCCUACCCCAUCUCUCUGUCCCUUGAGAUGCCAACAUGCAGCGCUUCACAAACCCGCUUCUCAGGCACAUAAUUUCCAGGGGCUGCUUUGAUGCUGCUUCAAAGAAACAGUGCUUGCAGUAUUUAAGAGCUCUGAGGGCGCUGCAGCUUAAUGGUUUCAACACUGUUUUUUUAGGGGAAACAGAUAUUCCAGAAAGUCUUAUUACAGGAGAAAAAUUCACCGAGGAGGCCAGCCUGCGCUGGCCAGUAUGGACACUCAUUCAUGCUGGCAGCAGCCAAGGGUGGGUUCCCUGGAGGUACAAACUGCUACUAAGACAUGACCUGCCCAUCCAUCAGCAGAACGGUGUCUUCCAGGAGUUGUGUGAUUCUCUGACCAUGUCCUAUGGGAAAUGCGUAAUUGUGACAAGAGACAAAAGGCAGCCGACGCAUGUUGAGGCGAAAGAUGGCAAGGAACAGGAGACGGAAACUCUGCCUCCAGUUCCACCAGUGAUCUACAUGUCUGGCAUUAAGUGUUGCCCUGAGAUUGCUAGAGCCAAUGGCCAUGAGCUUCUUGUCUCACCUCCAUCUUAUAGCUAUCUCUCUCCAAUGGAUGUUGCUUGGUCUUCUUUGAAAUGGUUUAUUAUAAACAACAGGAAGGACUUUGCCCUGAAGUCUGUUGAGACGACCCACUCCUAUAGGUGCAUCCUCUUCAAUGACUUGAUUAUUAAAGGAAUAGAGAAGAUGACCCCAAACAAAUGGAAGGUAGCGAUUAACAAAGUGAAGAAAUGGGAAAACUACUACCUUGACACAUUUUCUUAAAUAGUUCUUCUUACAGUCAUGCCUCAUUUGUUUUGAUAGUGGUUCGAGCUCUGUUGAACCCUUCCCUUCAAAGGACAUAAACUUAAAAUGAAGCAAAAGAAAACAACCAUGCCAAUAGCACUAAUAAAAGAGAUAAUUUUAAAUUUGAAUGUUACAUUUCAGAUAUAUUCCAGGACUAGGCUGAUAAGUUCCAUACUUGCACUGAGAAGGGACAGUUAAUUUGCGUUAUUGCAAAAUGGACUAAAGCAUGCCUAAGGCCCAGGUUAGC